AUGAAGCGGUUGUAUCUUGGUGGUGCCCCAACAGCCAGCCAAGCCAGCUGCCAGCGAGCCAGCCAACAUCAGCCCAGCAACAAGCCACCAGCCGACCAACCUAGAACCCGAGUUGGUCUCGUUGUCGUCUGCAGCAGCUUCAUCUAAAAUUGUCAAAUUUCUUGGCAGUUUUUUUAUCAGAAGCUAACGAACUAUUGACACAGUGGAUUAUUUUUAUGCAGCAAUUGCAAAAAAAAGAAAAACCAAUUGGUGAUUUUAAAUACUAAAAUAAAAGUUUCAAUUAAAAAACUAACAAAACUGUUAAAUCAGUGCGCGAAAUGUUAAGCAUCAACAUCCACAAGGAAUAAGGAUCUAAAACUGUGCAACAAAGUGCAACAAACGAAUCUUCACUUAGAUAAAAAUUAAAAACAAAAACUGCAGUACAAGUGGCAAAGUGUUAAAAAAGAAUUUUAAAAAGUUCUUGACGAAAAUUAAUUCGUUCAGUUUCUUGAGUGAAAAAGUUACACACACAAGCAAAACGAUGACAAGAAAACGUUCGAGUCCGCUGGGACUCGAGGAGCUGAUGUCUCUGGCCAUGCUGCUGAUGGUGCUGCCAGCGUUAACGCUAGCCGCCCCUCUGCAGGACUACACGGAAAUAACACCCUAUACAGAGGGCUGCUACUACAACUAUGGACAUUACAAUGAAGGUGACCGCAUCAUGACCAAUGAGCCGUGUCUCAACUGCACCUGCCACAAUCGCAUGCUCAUGUGCUAUCUGCGCGUCUGCCCGUUCACCAAGCCCAUUGGUCAGGACUGCAUUGUGGAGAAGCGCGAGGAUCAGUGCUGUCCUAUCGUUACCUGCCCCGUGGUUCAUGUCGAAGUGCCACAUCGUACGCCCGAGCCAGGAACUGAACUGAGCAUUCCCGAAAAGUUUGGCUGCAGCAUUGAGGAGAAGUUCUACCCGGAAGGUGCCCAGGUGCCAUCGAAUCCGAACAAACCUUGUGAACUCUGCUACUGCAUUAACAAUCAGACCAAAUGCGUUAUGCAGGAGUGCACCCUGCAUGUGGAUGGCUGCACACCCAUUUACAACAAAGGCUCGUGCUGUCCAGUACGCUACAGCUGCGACCAUGAGAAUGAUGUUCUUGAGCUGGAGGAUCACUCAACAACAACAACCACAGUUCGUCCAACACCUGGCUUUAUUCUGACCACUACCAUGACUCCGUCCGUGUCUACGGACUGCAUCCACAAUGGCGAGACCUUCGCCGAUGGUGCUUCGAUCAAGGGCAAGAAUGCUUGCGAGCAUUGCUACUGUAUGCGCGGUGAUAUUGUGUGUGCCGUACAAGAGUGCGAGAUGCCGAUGAGUACGGCCAGUGGCAAAAUAUGCCAUGCCAUGCCAGCCGCCGAAGGCGAAUGUUGUCCCAGCAAUUAUAUUUGUGAGGAUGAUAGUGCCACAACUGACAUCAUUGAAUCCACCACUCUGGAAACUAUCCGAGAUGAGGAACCUAUUACUACAGCAGCGCCUGUCAAGGAUAUCCUCGGUGAAAUACCAAAGGAGGAUGAGGAUCUGCAGAAACACAUUGAUGAUGAGGAGGAAGAUAUGGAUGUGGUCACUAAGGGUCCAGCGGAUGAGGUUGGCAGUGGUGAAGUUGGUCAAGCAUACACCACAAUUGCGCCCGAUCAUGAGGAUAAGUUCACGGAGAAGGAGCACGAGACCUCUACUGUUGCGACUGAUGCUAGAAUUGAUACUCCAGUGGAGUCGUCUACAGCGACGUCGAUCGAAGAAGGUAGCGGAGAGGAGGAUGUCAUUAAGGCCACAACACCACGAGCACAGGAAGCUGGCAAGCCCGGAGUGCCAACUGAAGAAGAAAGCGAAGAAGAUAAGGCGCCAUCUGCAUCUGAGGAAGGUAGCGGUGAAGAAGACACUACAUCAUUGCCAACCCAGGAAACUAGUGGCGACGGUGAAGAAGAGAUCACCAAAUCUUCCACACCUGUGGCACCUGUCAGUGUUGCUGAAGAUAGUCAGGACAGUACUACUCCCGCUGUGGAUGUUAGCGAAAAAGAGGAAGUUCCGAAGGAGACGACUCCAACUGCGGCAGUUAGUGGCGAGGAUGAUGUUUCCAAGGCUACAACUCCAGUUUCUGCAGUCACCGAUGAAGAGGAUGCUUCAAAGGAAACAACACCCAGUGGCGAUGUUAGCGUUGAAGAAGAUGUCGACAAGAUUACAACUCCAACUUCAGAGAUCAGCGAUAAGGAAGAUGAGACUAAGCCUACAACCCCAGCUGCAGACAGCCAGAAGGUGGAUGACGUCAAGUCUACAACUGCAUUUGCAAUGGAUAGUGAAAAGGAAGAUGAAACUAAGUCUUCAACGCCAACCUCAGAUGUUAGCGACAGCGAAGAAGUUGCCAAGGCGACAACUCCAGCUGCUGACAUUAGCGAUAAGGAAGAUGUUAUCAAGUCCACAACUCCAGCUGCAGACAGUGACAAGGAAGUCGACGUCAAGGAUACCACUCCAGUUGCUAUGGACAGUGAUAAGGAAGAUGAAAUUAAGCCUUCAACUCCAACCACAGAUGUUAGCGAUAGCGAUGAAGUUGCCAAGAUCACAACUCCAGCUACAGACCUUACCGACAAAGAAGAGGAUAUCACAGUUACAACUCCCGCUGCAGGCAUUAGCGAUAAGGAAGAUGAAGUCAAGGGUACAACUCCAGCUGCUGACAGUGAUAAGGAAGACGACGUCAAGGUUACUACUCCAACUGCUGACAGUGACAAGGAAGACAUUAGCGCUGAGGAAGAGGAAGAAGUCAAGGGUACAACUCCAGCUGCAGGCAUUAGCGAUAAGGAAGCAACUCCAACUGCUGAAAGUGAUAAGGAAGAUGACGUCAAGGUUACAACUCCAGCAUCAGAUGCUACUGAUAAGGACGAAGUUACCAAGAGUACGCCUUCAACUGCAGAGCGCGAUGAAGAAGAUGAUGUCAAGGCAACGACUCCAGCCUCAGAUAUUAGCGGUAAGGAUGAAAUUGCAAAGGCUACAACUCCAUCAAUCGAAGAAGAUGAAGAAGAGGUUGCAACGCCUACAACACCAGCUGCGGAAUCUGACAUCAAGAUUACAACUCCAACUGCAGACACCGAAAAGGAGGAUGAGGUCAAGGAGGAUGAGGUCAAGGAGGACGAGGUCAAGGAGGAUGAGGUCAAGGAGGAUGAGGUCAAGGAGGAUGAGGACACUAUCAAGCCCACGACGCCAGCCAAGGAAGUCACCGGUGAAGAAGAUAUUAUCAAGGAAACAACUCCUGCAGAAACUGUUGAACAGGAUACUAGUAAGCCCGACACUUCUGCCGCAGAUGAAAGUGCUGAAGAAGAUGCUGUUAAGGCUACAACUCCCAUUGCUGAAGACAGUAAUAUCGUCAAGGAUAGUGAUGAUGAUGUUGUUAAGGCUACAACUCCUGCUGCCGUUAGUGAUGAAAAGGUUGACAAGACGACAACUCCUGCAAAGGAUGUUAGUGAUGAUACUGAUAUUGCUAAGGACACUACUCCUGCUGAAGAGGUCGGCGCUGAAGAGGAGAUCAUCAAGGGUACAACUCCUGCCACGGAAACCACUUCCAGAGAUGAAAUUAUCAAGCCCACGACUCCAGCGGGCGAAGAGCAAAUUAAAGAAGAUACUGACAAAGCUACAACUGCUGCUGAAGAGGUCGGCGGUGAAGAAAUUUCUGCCGAGACUACUCCAUCUGCUGAAAAGGCUAGUAGUGAGAAAGACAAGGAUGUCGUUAAGCCCAUUGAUGCUGAGAGCGAUGAAGAACUCAUUCCUAGCACGACUUCUGCUGAGGACAUCAGCAUCGAAGAUGAAAAGAUCAAGGCUACAACUCCUGCAGUUCAGACAAUCCAGUCUAGUACACCAAAAACUGAAGAGGACCAAGCAACAGAGCCUGAAAGCUCAGCUGACAAAGACUCCACAGAAGAGGAAGAUGGGCAGACAACAACAACAGCUCCUCACAGUUCAUCAUCUACUACUGAAGGUGUCAGUGAACAGGAGACUUCUAGCACCAGUUCAGAAGAAGAGGCACCUGCAGCGCCACAGAGCACCACAGUUUCUCCCAAACAACCUGAAGAUAAGGAAAGCGAUGAGAAAGAAUCUGACGAGGAUCACACUGAGGAACCCAAAAAGGAUGACAAGAAAGGAAUUACUGAGGAUAGUGACGAGGCUACAACUCUCGCAGCAGAUAAAGAGAUUGCGUCUUCUACCAGUGCAGCAGAGCCCGCUGAAAAGGAUAAAGAUGCAGACCAAACUACCCAAGCAGUGCCUGUCAAGUCUGAUAUUACUCCUUCAAGCAUUGAAGACGAUCAAAGCACUGAACAACCUGACAAAAGCGAAGAAGCUACAACCGAUAAGCCGCCCGCAGUCUACUUGCCGCCUGUUAUGGAAGAUGAUAGCUCCACAGAAGGAACUAAAACUGGCACUGAAGUCCCAGAAACCAGUCAAGAAAGUAUCACAGCAUCUACCUCAGAGGAGCCUGGCAAAGUUACACCUGACAAACAAGACACCCCAGUUGAUAUCGGACAUGACUUGGCCCCAGAGAUUACUACAUUGCCACCCAGCUCAGAUGAGGAGACAACUGCUGCAGCCAUGCCUGAUAUGCAGCUGCCGUCCGCUAUACCUGGAGAAGGUGACUGCCUGGUUGCAGGCAAAACCUAUGCCAACAAUACCGACGUACCAGCGACUACACCCUGCGAUAUAUCCUGCAAGUGUAUUAGCAGCAUUGUAUUAUGCAAGCCAAUGGAGUGCAGAAUUCCCGAGGAUCAUGAAAACUGUGUUCUGGAUACUGGCCGCUCUGACGGCUGCUGCCCAACAUACAUUUGUGAAGCUGAUUCCACGUCUCCGAAGGUCGAGGAAACUUCUGACGAAACCAGAUCAACAACAAUCUUGCCCGAAACAAGUAAGCCCGCUGACAAAAUUGAUGAUGAAGUGGAGCCUACAAGCACUGAAGACGUACCAAAGGAUGUCAUUAUGCCUUCUGGCAUUACUGAACUGCCAAUGUCACAUGUUAAGCCCGAAGAGGAAAUCUCAGCCGUAACCACGAAAGCUCCUGAAUCUGAAGAAGUUACAACGCCUAAGGAUAUUAAGAAGCCAACAACCGACGAGCACUCUACUGAAGAAGAGGCUGAUGAAGUGGUGGGCGCUACUACUGCACCUGAAAUUGAAAAAGAAGUUCAGAAGCCUUCAGAGAAAGAGCCCUCACCUGAAGAUGAUGGCCUUAAGCAAACUGCAGUACCAACAACUGAGGAAACUGUCAUUCUACCAGAACAUGAGCCAACCACGACGACUCCUUCAGCUGCAGAUGAAACCCAAAAGGAGACAGACGGUACGUUGGCUACUCCAACUAUUGCUCCUAUUUCAAUGGAUGACGAGACACCAACUAAGGAGGAGAAACCCGCUGACGAAAAACUGGGAGGCCAAGAAGACAAGAUCUCGACAACUACAAUCAUUCCUACAUCUGUUGAGACAUCCAGUAAAUCUGAGGAAGAGCCGUCAUCCACAGAGGCACCUGUUGAAGAUAUUGAUAAGAAACCAGUUGACGAUUCUGAAAAGGUGCCCGCAGCCGCAACCACCCCAUCUGAAAUUGAGAACAUCACAACUGCGGUUCCCCCGGCUGAUGAUUCUACACCUGCUGGUAAGCCUGAUGCCCCCGAAGAUGGUAUUGCUACCACUGUUCGCCCUGAUACUGAAGAAGAUCAAGACACCAAGAAACUGGCGAUCCCAGUGGCAACCACGGAAGUACCAGCUGUAUCGGAAGAAGAUGAAAAGAAGCCUACAGAUGAGGACACAAUUACUGAGUCGACUAUUGACAAGAAACCAGACCAGGAAUCGGAUAUAUCUGUCAUGGUUCCAUCAAUGGAAGAAGAAGAAGAGACCUCUGAUGAUCACUCCACCACCACUCCUGCUGUCAGCAAAGAUCAGGAUAUCACCACUGCAUCUCCUGUUGCUAUUGAUGAAGAAACUGAUUUGUCCACAGAGAAGCCUAUAUCUGAAAAGCAAGAUGACGAAAAGCCUUCUACUUCUCCUGAAGAUGACUUUGCACCCCUCCCAACAACAACUGUGGCCUCAACAGUACAGGAAGGCGAAAAGAAACCAUCGAAAGAUGAAACUGCCACACCUGCUACGGACGAGAUUGAAAUCGAGCCUACUUCAGUACCUUCAGCUACUGUUCUUCCAACUGCUGAUGACAAGGAAGAGCCAUCUAUUACUAGCUCGCCAACUGCAGAUGAGGAAGAUAUACCUAGCCAUACGACGACCAGCACUGAAAAAUCAACAGAGGAUGAAUCGGAAGAGAAGCCCUAUGCAACUGACGCUCCUAUUAGUGAUGUAUCUAAGAAACCAGAAGUUGAAGCGCUUCCAACUAAACCAGAUCAAGAAAAAGACAGUGAAGUUCCUGAAAUCUCGGCAACUACACCCUCUGAUAAGAAACAAGAAGACGACACAAUUGACACUGCUACAGACGUUGCAGUCUUUGAAGAAGAUGAAAAGAGUACAACGGUUUCCACAUCUGAGGCUGGAGAAUCACAAACCCCAGAUACAGAGUCCACAGCAGCUCCCUCCGCUCAAGACGACAGCAAGAAAACAUCCGACAAAGAAGAAGAAGACACUGCCACAACAUCGGAGAUUGACGAGAGUGCGAAACUUGGAACAACCAUUGCUCCAAGUACACCAAGCAAAGAAACUGAUCAGUCGCCUGCCGAAGCUACAUCAACCUCAGUGCCACUCACAGAGGGAGAGAAGCCAACUUCAGAGAGUGAUAUUGACGUCACAACCGUUGCACCCAGUUCGGAGGAACAGACUCAAUUGCCAGACAAGGAUAAGCCGAUUGACAUUGAAGGUCCUAAAGCGCCAUUGGACGAUGAAGUGUCCGAGGAAAUACCUUCAACAACUGUUCCCUCUCACAGCGAAAAGGCUCCAGAGUCAUCAACUCAGACUCCAGCGGAGUCUGAAAGUGAAGGCUUGGACAAAUUUACUACAGUUAGUCCUGCUUCUGAGGAAGAACCUUCUAAACCAAUUGAUGAAAAGAUGCCCAGCACAUCUGACAAAGAGGAUAGCACGGAAGACAUCUAUGCCGAAACCACUGUUGAGCCACAGUCUACAGACGACAAGAAGUUCCCGCCUUUGCCCACGGCUCCAUCCACAACUAAGCCCGAAAAAGAUAUUACGACACCUACUACUUCCGAUGAAGAAAUUGAUCAUGAACCACAUGCAGACACAACUGUUAUUCCAUCCUCAGAGGAGGACGAUGAACAUAUUCCUAUUAAGGUGGUCCCGACAGAAGCGCCUGCCGACGAUAAAUCAGAUUCGACCACUAUUGCACCUACCGACGAAGAGAUUAUUAAGCUACCCGCUCAAGAUGAAGUUGAAUCUAAGCCAGAUGAUAGCCAAGAGUACACCACAGUUUCUCAACCAACCGAUAAGCCAACCAAAGCACCAGCAAAGGAUGAGCUUGAAGAGGAUGAAGAUGAUAAGAAGAUUACCUCCAUUGCUCCUUCUUCCCAAGAGGAAACUCAACAAGCAACCACACCUUCUGCUACUUCUAUUAAAGAUGAUGCAACCACAUCAGCCGCUGAUGACAAGAUUGAUGUUAGUACGUCUUCACCAGCGAUUGUUGCUCAAGAUGAUGAUACAGAAGAUACCACAGCCCGUCCGGUUAGCGAUAAAACAGGUGCUGCAGACGAAGGCCCGAUUGAGGAUACCAUUUCAACAACACCUGCUGCCGAGAAAGACCAAGAGCCUGCUCGUAUUCCCACCACACCCAAAACCACAAUUGCACUGGACACUACAGUUACUCCAACUCAUAUUCCUAGUGCUGAAGAAAUCGAUGAUACAUUACAGACUGUUGCUCCUCACACUGAAGACGAAAAGAUUGACGACGCAGAAGCUGCCACAACUUCUGCUGAAGAUGCUGAUAAGAGUCCAGUUACAGUUGCUCCUGUUGCUCAUGAUAUUGAAGCAACUAGCGAAGUUAGCCAAAAACCUUCCGAUGGAGAAGACGUGGGUGAGGAAUCUACUGAGCCAAGUGAUGUUGAACAUGAAGGCACCACUGAUCAAACUACUGGUGCCAAGCUGAAGCCACCAACACCAUCGCCAACAACAGAUGAAAUUUCAACUAAGGCGCCUGUGGAAGAGGAUGAAAUUGUGGGAGCAACUGGACAGCCAGAUGUCGAAAAGGAGACCCCAACAAAAUCUACUGAGGCUCCAGAGUCGGACAAACCAUAUGUUAAGCCAAGCUUGGAUUCGGCCGAAGAUAGCGAAGAAUCUGUUGAGUCGGAGGAAGAGCUUACUGCUGUAUCUGAGGAUACCCAUAAGGGAGAAGAAGGUGCUGAGUCUGUUGAAACUGAGGACACCGUUACAGAGCCUGCUAAAAAGAAACCUGAGGAUGAGGAUGAAGUUACGGCCGUCGUUUCAGAGUUACCACAGACAACUGCUACUCCUGGUGCGUAUGAUGAAGCAUCUGCAGAAACAUCUAGCGAGGACACUGCUACGACACAACCAGAUAUCGCCAGUGUCACCACGGUGCAUCCACUGUUCGCGCAGCGCUUCACUAGCACUACAAAAGCCCCAGUCAUCGACGACCGCGUGUCCGAAGGAGAAACUGAUGCUACACCAACGAAGCAGAGCACGGAGACAACGACAACAGAGUCUCCGCUCACAACAACAUCAGCAUCUAGUCCACAGCACGAGGCGAUUACACCUCCAUCAUAUGGCCACCAGCAAUACCCAACUUACCCCGAAGACGAAUACGACGAAGAGGAGGUAUUUGGCCCUGGCACCUGUCGCUAUGCUGGCAAAAUCUACGUGUCUGCGCAACAAAUUCCACGCGACGAUCCUUGCGAUUUCUGCUUCUGCUUCAGAAGCGAUAUCAUCUGCUUGCAACAGUCUUGUCCGCCACCAAUUGCUGGCUGUCACGAGGAGCAAAUUACAGGCUUCUGCUGCCCACGAUACGAGUGUCCCGUAACAAUGGCUGCUGUGCUUAAUAUUACGACAAGCACGACAACAACAAGCACUGAACUGCCACCAUACAUGUCAAGCUUUUCCCAUGGCGGCGAUGUGCAACGCACCGGUUGUCUCAUUAAUGGCCGUUCGUACAAGGUGGGCGAACCCAUCCAAUCAACGAGUGGUCCUUGCAUGAGUUGCACCUGCGGCGGCGAUGGAAAGAUGAAGUGUGACCCACAGCACUGCGUCCCGAAUCAAGCAACGGCCCAAAUGAUGGCUGCAGUUACGACUGGCCGUAAAAGAUGAACCACCAGCCAUGCACACUAAAAAUAGUUUUAACUAAUUUUUAAGCACUGCAAACUAAACAAUCAGAAACACAGAUGAACAAACAGCCCAAAUUGCGCCCACAGAGCUGCAUUCCUCACGUUUUUUAAAGAAACAAGAACAAAAUAGAAAAAAUAGACUCCGAAAUAGCAACAGAAACAAAACAUAUAAAAACAACAAAAAAAAAAAACACAAAGAAAACAAAAAACUAAGGUGCCAAAACUGGUGAAAAUAAUGCGACCCACUUGAUUAGAUUCAAAUAAUAUCAGAUCGAAUGAGAAAAUUUGUAACUUUAGAUUUGCCAUUAGAUAUUCGCACUUUUUCAAUUGAUUUUCAAUUUGUUUCGGAUUAGGUUACGUGACGAAGCAACCAGUGAUAUUGUACUGUAUACAUAGUAUAGGUGCAAUUAAUUUAGAACGCGCUCACUAAAAAAUGAAUUACUUACGUAUUUUGAAAGAACCCCAUAUAUAGGAAACCAUAGCAUCGUGCGAUGCGCCUUGUAAAGUUGUUCAUUGUGGUCCCACAGAAAAUGCGAUCGCUUUCAGGAGACUCUCAAAACCUAGAACAGAACAUUUUGGUAACACAAUCAAUGACUUUACGAAGCCCCGACGUUUUGACUAUGGACAAGCCGUUUCUUUUUGUUUGUUUUUUUAAUAGCAAUACUUUUCUUCAAUGCGCUUUUAUAGUAUUUUAGUCAUCUUAUUUUAAACAUUAUUAUUUUUUGUGUAUAAUUGUUGCUUCUAGUCUUCUUUUGUUGUAAGAGCAACGAAAUCCGCCUAAAACACGCGCAAAAUAAGAUCAAAUUAGAUCAGUUCAAUUGAGUUGAGAUAAUGAUAAAAAUAUAUAUACAUAUAUCUUCUAUAAACUUUCCCAUGCUUUUAUACUUUUAUAUACAAUAUGUGUAAAAUGAAGAAACGAACGAAACUAGUUUUUAUAGCAAUUUUACAAACGAACUACGAAUUGCAUAGUUUUAUGGAUUGAAUUUAAAGUUUUUGUCAAUGCAUUUGCGCUACCCACGCACAAAUCCAUCUGUGGUAGGAAACAAAAGAAAAGUAAUUAACAUAGAGUUUUUUAAAAGUCAACAGACAACGGAAACUAUAACAAGCAAUCGAAUCAUCUGUAGGCUACUGCUAUUGCUCGACUGAUUGAAAAGUGCACUAAAACAGUAGAUAUUGAAGUAGUCAAUAAUUUUGUAAACUAUAUUUUGUAGGAUAUCAACAUGCCGCGUUGCUAUUAAAUUAAACCGUGUAACAUCAAUUUACAAAUAUCAAAAAUUUCAGUCGCUUGAGCUUUAGCGGUAUGCUGAAAAUUCGAAGCGUUAUUAAACCACACACAAUAAAUAUGAAC